AGUAACCCACGCGCGCGUAACGUUACUCGCCCAACCCCGUCUCCCUUGCCCGGAAGACGAAUCACGUGCACACGAUUCCCCCAAAUUCUAACCCUAGAAACAGAACGGAGGAGGGCCAGCCGCAACCGGAACAAAAGCGGAAGCCAGCCAACCCCAAGCCUCGAUUCCUCCAUCGCCGCGGCAGAAACUAGAGGUCCAGAAGGGAGGGCGAGAAGCUUGCGUGAAGCACUCAACCAUGGCGAGCGCGGAUCUGUUGCGGAGGGAGGAGGAGUUCUACGAGUCCCUGUUCGAUUCCGCUAAAGGCGAUGCAGCUGCCGCCAAGACACGUGGGCAGAUGAUCGAGAGGAAGAUUGAAGCCCUGGAGGACAUGGCAACCAAGGUUAGUAACCGGAGGUCUCGCAGAUGGUUGAAUGAUCGCUUGCUGAUUGAGCUUGUCCCUCGUCUUCAUGUUGAAGAAAUCAAAGGCCUCUUUGCCCCUCCGCCAUUUGGUGAGGAAGCACCACUGUCAGCAUUUUGCAGGACAAGUGUUGGUGAGUGGGAUGCCUUCAGGAGCAUUGACAUGGACGUUGAGGCAAGAUUUAUGCAACGGAUGAAACAAUCAUCAGCGAAGCAGAAGAAUCUUAUGAAUGAAGAUGAGUUAAUUGUGCUGAAUGCUUGGCGUCGUAUAGAUUGCCAAACAAGAGAAGCUAUGAAGAGAAACUUCCUACCUGAACUGCUUGAAAUAUAUGAAGAGCGGAUUAGGGCCUUCAUUGAAGACAAUAUUGAUAAAGAUGUGCUUGUGUUGAAUGUCCAGGACCCAUUUCAGAGGUUGCUAUUACAUGGUGUGUGUGAGUUCUACAACGUAACGUCGACGACCACGGGUACUGUGCAAGAUGGAAAGCCGUGGAAGACAACAACAAUCAAGAAGCGUUCGGGCACAGGUGUUGCCCCCAGGAUCACAUUGGUCAGUUUCCUGAGAACAAAGAAGAACGGGUCACACGUUGUCUCGUGAGGACCCCCCGUAUUCCUCGGACAAAUACAAAGGAAUGUCGUCCAAUGAUCAUGCUCCUGGGAGAAGCCAAAGUUGUUUCUUUAGGUUUUGCUUAGGAUGUACACAUAUGUAAAUUAAUUACCAUGCUUCGUUUAAAGAGAUGACAAGGCACGCAAGUGAUGAGUCGCUUCACAGCUAAGUAAGCACUGUACCUGUUUUGCGUUAAACCUUACUGCCAGCCUACUGGUGGUGGUGCCAAACAAUUGUUUUCAACUGACUUUUGAUUUACAUCGUUCAAAUGA